AUGUGGUUGGUACUCGCGACGCGCCUGCAGGCCCUCCUAUUUCCUGGCAGCACCCUGUUCCAGACGCAAGGCGCCUUCGACCUAACUAUGGCAAUUUAUUUUGCAGAAGAGAGAAACAGUGCUCUGAACAAAACUGUCGUCGGUCGGUCUAGAGCAAUAUCUGGCGCUGCAGGAAUCGAGACCUGCAACGUCAUUGGUCGUCAGCCUGUGUGGGUACGUUUCGGGCGUGGUGGUCUCAGCUCUUCUUUGAUUCGCUGUAAAAUUCAGGGACACUAUAUUUCUCUGCGAGUUUGCCGUCAAAAUGUAUACUAUACGACCGGUUCUAUGGAAACGCCGGUACACAUGAAGGCCGGAAUGCAGCACUCAGCAGACACCGAUGCCUCCGGCUUAUAUCAUCAUCUUUCAGGCCCACAGUUUUUUUUCGAUUUUUCUCGGUCCCGCCUCCAAAAACGCGUUCAAAAACUUGAAGAGAGCUUUUGUCUCAGAGCGACCUGA